GGAUGCAGAACGUCCAAGAGCAGUCAGAAGAGGAGGCGAAGUUUGCUCGCCAGUCAAGUUAGCGCGGUUGAUUGUGUUGGUACUGGUAAAACGACAAACAGUGCCGUCCGCAAAAACGCGAAGUGUGUUUCGUUUUGCGCUCCUUUGAAUUUUGAAGCCCCGCGGACCAAGGAUUUACGUUGAACCGAGAAUUUUACCGAAUAUAACGCUAUGUCUGCGAGAGUGAAUGUCGUUUUUGUUGCCUAUUUGGUUCUGGUGUGUUUUUCGAGUGUUGUGUACAGCAAAAAUGUGAAUGCUCGAUUGGCGAAAAGGACAACAGACAAUGGAUUAGGAGACGAGUCCUGCGACAAUGUCAAGCCGUUUUUCGAAAUGAAAAAUGUCACAGUCACAUUGGAUAGCCCUAAAGGAAAUAUCUGCAGUGGUCACUGCUGUGACGAAAAAGCAGAGUCUCAGUUGAAAAGAAUGGCGCAGAAAGAUUUCGCAUCCCUUCUCCAGCACAAUUCAAGGUCCCUUCAAGGAUCUCUGAGCUCCACGUCUGAAACGCUUCAAAACCACAUGCAGCAGCUGACGCAACAAUCCGAAAACAAGACGUUGCUCCUCUUUGCCAACGUGUACCGAAGGAUGUCGGUGUAUUCCAAGGCGCCCAUAGAGUCCUUCUACUCCGACAUCAGGAAAGCGCUGAUGGUUAACAUCACCAACGGCGAGAUAAUUCUCCCCAACCUGGACAUCCAAAACAGCGCCGCCACCUUCUUCACCGACCUCUUUCCCCUGGUGUACCUCCACACCUUGUCCAACACGGAGACCCUCAAGGACUUCAGCCUGGACUACAAAUCCUGUCUCAAAGAGUCCACCAAGGACAUCCUACCCUUCGGGGAUAUACCUAAGCAAAUAGCGCAGACCCUCGCGAAGAGUCUGGACGCCACGCAGAUCCUCUUCCAGGCCUUCGCAGUGGGCCUGGAGGUGCUCAACGUCACUGACGUGGUGCUGGUCAACGAGAACGGCCGCAACAACGGGCAGUGUCAUGAUGCCCUGGUGAAGCUGACGUAUUGCCCCAGGUGUUUGGGGUUGGUGAAAGAUGUAAAGCCUUGCUCGGGGUACUGUUUGAACGUGUUGAGAGGAUGCUUGACUUCCUACGUCGCCGAACUGGACUCUCCUUGGAACAGCUACGUGGAGAGCAUCGAAAAGCUGGUGAACGCUAUGAAGCAUCACAAUAACGAGGUGGGAGUGAACGCUGAUGGUAUCAUUAGGGAGUUGGAUAAUAGGAUAUCGGAGGCCAUUAUGCAUGCCAUGACGAAGGGACAGGAGAUAGACAGCAAGGCCAAGAAAUUCUGCGGAUUGCCAAAGUUCUCGGAGAAAGAGGACCCCUUGACCACCGAGACGAGCACCCAGGCCACCCCCGGAUCUCAGAUCGGCGGCGCCAAGCUUCGCUUCGCCCCCACUCGUGCUUCCGCUUUCCUGCCGCCUCCGGAGACUCAACUUCUGCAGUUCCUCACCUCCAUAUCGAAGACCAAAGGGUUCUAUGGAAACCUGGCAGACACUCUGUGUCAGGACGAGAGCUUCGCUGAACCGAACGAUAGGAGAUGCUGGAACGGAGAGAGGAUAGCAGAAUACACGAAAACCGUGGUGGACGCCAGUCAAGACAUGCAGAAAUACAAUCCUGAAGUGAAACCGAACCCAAAUCCACAAAAUGGCGAUAAGAGGAUUGCCGAUCUUGCAGACAAACUCAGGCAUAUACACAACAUUGUUCUUGCAACAUUAGGUUCCACCUUUUCGAACGAAUUCGACUCGAUGCAGAGGGAUAGUGGAGCAGACGGAUCGGGAUCAGGUAGCGGUCCAGACAUGGAGGAAGAUGACGAUGAGUACUCCAGAGGAUCAGGAUCUGGUGAUGGCCCAGGUGUCGUGGAAGGAGGCGGAACCCCCCACUCCACUGCUGGUGGUCAACCAAGCAAUGGAAAAGCUAAGAAUAACCCUGCUUCUCCAGACGUCAAAGUUCACCACAAUUCAGACAAAUCGCCAACACAUAGCACGCCAAUUCCAAGGCCAUCCAGCUCCAACCCGACGUGUUCCAUUUCUUCGAUCCUCGUUGCUUUGUCAGCACUGGCACUCUUUCACCAAAACGAUGUAGCGAGGAUCAUUUAGACCUUAUACUUCCAUUCGAUAUCGAGAUGCUUUUUUCUCGAGACGAGAUUUCGAGGAAUACAAUCGAGGUCUUACUGUCGACAACACGGUUCAGUGACGGAAUUGUUUCGGACGCAUCAAGAAGAAGAAACGGAACCGCUCCAGCUUUCGGAACGCAGCAAUAACGAGAUGUCUAAACCACAGAAUUUAAUUACGAGUGAAAUAAAAAUUUCGAUCCCCCACAUAUUUCGAGCUGGAGUGGUUGCGACCGCCACACUAGAGAUUAAUAGUUUAGGUAUACAUCUAUUUCAAAAUUGGCUGUUUAUAAAAUAAUAUAUUUAUUAUAAAUGUAAUAGAAUGUAGCUUCAAAGGUCAUUUUAGGUGUAAUUGGAAAUAGAACCGAUUCUUCCGUGUUUCCAAUUGUUGUAUAUAUAUAUAGAAUAUGUAAAGAGACUGUAUAAUUAGAAGAUAAGUUCUUCAGUGAACGCAGCCGUUUUAAUCUGACGUUGUAUGUUCCCUAUACGAUACGAGUUCGUUUCCACAGUGAAAUGAGUUCUGUGCUCUCAACAUAAAACAUUUAUUUAACCUCGAAAAUCAUUCUUACUCUUCUGUGACUCAGAGAAUGACAGACGUCAUAGUUAAUGAUUAAUUUAUACCAACCAUAGAUUACCAAGUUCAGAGCAAUAAAAUACAUUAAGGGACAUUAUAUCCACCUUCUUUCUGAAGCCAAAAUUGUUUUCAUUUACCUUGUUACCGUAGAGAUCGUAUAAUUAAGGCAAAAUGUUUUGACAUUCUCGGAUAUUUCCGGACUCCGACUCACCCAGUGGUGUACUGACGAUCCUUAUUUGUUUCCAUCGUCUUCAAAUAAAAAUAAGAUGAAGUACUAUUGGCUUCACAACAUUCUGUAAAGGCGUGCGUCUCUAUAUGUUUUAUUUCUCUGACUUACCAAGUUCUCAUUCGAUGUUCAGAUUAUUCUUAUUUCUCAAAUCAGCCCCCAAAAUUUAUUUGGUGUUGGUAAACUCUCCAAAGUUUCCAUGUGAAUGUAAAUACGUCAGGAUUUGUUGUUGAUAAAUCUAGUGCAGCUGAACAAACUCGAGCAGCUAAGAGACAUUUAUGAUAUGGUACCAAUUUUAAGUACAUAAGUGAGGUAAAAUCUGCGAAUUUGUCCAAAAUCGUAAUAUGAGGAUAUCUCUUAGGCCAGUUUUUGAAUUGAUAUUUCGAAAUUAUAUAUGCCAUACGUGUCGUUGUGAGAUAUUCCAGUCAAAUUAUUUGUAAUGAAAUUGUUGACAUGUAAUAUUUGUAAAUAUUAGGAAUUCUUUUUUGAAAUUCGAUGAUUUUUUUGAAAUUCCAAACAAACGCUGGAAUUCAUUGACUUCAAAAUUUUUUCUGUGUUCUUUAAAACCAGUCAGUGAGUUCUGUCGUCUUUUUUAUUAAUUUACUAUUUAUUUUUGACUAUUUAUUGGAAAUGUAAUACAUAUUAGUGAAAAACUCUGAAUGAAUGUGUGUAUAUUUUAAAGGUAUAUUUGUAUUUUUAAAUUAAUUUGCGAAAUGUCUGUGAUUAAAAAUAUUUUAUUAAUCUAAUUAUUAUGAAAUUAAGAAUUUUAUUCAUCAAAAUCAAUACAGUAUCUUUGUAAUCGUUAUUUCUAGACCUAAAUAUAGAUCUUUCACAUUUUAUUCUUGAAUUUGAAAUGAAAUCUCAAUCUUGUGACAGUUUUUAUAAUCAUCAUGUUUAAUUUUAUAGAUUUUCAAAUUUCAUGAAAUCUUGCCAUUUUAUACGAAAACUGUUAAAAUGUUUAUAAUUUACGAAAGGUCUACCCUUAAGUCUGACUUAUGUAAACUGUAGAAUAUUGUUACAUUUUUAUUGACUUUAAAAAUCCUUUUAUGUAAUUUGAUAUUGACUGUCAUAAUCUAAAAAAAAAAAUGUUAUUAUAUCUUCUACUUCUCUUUUUCAACAACUUUUUGAAUAAUAAUGUUUUUUUAAAUUUUUCUGUUAUAUUCAUUUCAGAUAAUAUAUAUGGGUUUUACAUAAUUGGUAACAAUAUUCUAUAAUUGAGUUGAAAAGUUGAAUUAGUAUAAUACAUAGAUAUAUAAUGUUGCAAUUCAAGGAUAUAUUGGAAAGCCAUAUUACUAUAGGAACUAGAUUUUCCUAAGUUUAAUUUUUUUCGCUUCACUCAAUAUUUCUUCUGUUUGUUUACAUAUCACGUGAGGCAAUAAUUUUGUGUAUUUGAAGAAGUGAUUCAAAGUCAUUCGAAUAUGUUGCUCACUAACAUUCAUUUUAGGUAUAACUGUUCGAAACUAAUUACUAGUCUUACGCUUUUUGUGAGUAAGAAAUUCGAUUUUAAUAUUGAUUGUACUUUCUUUUCAAGUAGAAUAAAUAUAGCUGCCUUUUUUAA